AUGGAAACGGAGGCCACCCCCGAGACAACCGCCACCGCCUCUGAACCCAUCGUCGCCCCUGUUGUUGCCUCCACCACCUCGUCCACAACCCACGAAGACCUCGAGUCCAUCCGAAAAGCCCAGACCGCCAUUGACGGACUCUCCGCCAUCCUGUCCUCCAUCCCAGCCUCCAUCUCCUCCUCCAAGAACCCGGCCUUCUCCCUCCUCCACGAUCCCGAGGUCGCCGCCCAGCUCUCCUCCCUCCUAAGGCAACCCUCUUCCGGCGCCGGAGACAACCACCUCUGCCGCUGGCUCUACGACACCUUCCAGUCCUCCGACCCCAGCCUCCAGCUCGUUGUCCUCCGCUUCAUUCCCACCAUCGCAGGCGUCUACCUCUCCCGCGUCGCUCUCCGUAAACCCCUCGCCGGCUUCGAAGCCGUCUUGCUCGCUCUUUACGCUCACGAAACCAGCUCCCGUAACGGCCAGGCCAUUACUGUAAGCAUCCCGGAUCUCUCCCACUCCAGCAUUUACCAUGAAACCUCCAAAGCAACUUCCAAAAACAGCGCCACGGAGCUAAACUUGGCUGUCAUUUCUCCAAGCUUAGAGCCCCACGGAACCGUGAGAUCAACCAGACGAGCGCGAAUCGUCGGAGUCGCAUUGGAGCUGUAUUACACCAAGAUCUCCCACAUGCCCGCCAGUUCAAAGAAAGAUUUCUGCGAGUUCUGCGCCAUCUGGGCAGGCCAAGACGGCGACAUGUACAAAGACGGCCCAGACGCCGCCGACGAUCAAGACCCUGAGCUCGAAUCCCAAUUGUCCCAGCAGAUCGAAGAAGGAAACGACGAAGCCGCCAUUACCGAGAGACCUGAAAGAGAGAAAAAAGAGGGAAGAAUUCCUCUUCCAUGGGAGCUGCUGCAGCCAGUUUUGAGGAUUUUGGGACAUUGCUUGAUGAUUCCGACCAAGGACCAGGAGCUGCAUGAGGCUGCCUGUGCUGCAUGCAGGAGUUUGUACGCAAGGGCCAUGCAUGAUGUGAAUCCCAAAGCCAUUUUGGCCACUGCCAGCCUUCUGAGGCUGGCCAAGAUGGAGUUGGAAUCAUCUGUCGAUGAUUUUGAUCCUACUGAGAUACCCAAGGAUGGUGAUGUCAUUAACAUCUAAUUAAAUGUCCUUGAUCUCAUCCACUGCUUCCUUAUUCUUUUCCCUACGUACCCUAAUUGAUAUAUUCUGAUGAUC